CAUUCGAUCCCAUCGUCCACAAUGGUCUCGAUUGUUUGCUUGGUGGCUCUCUUAGCAGUGGCGAAAGCCAAUAGUUUCGGCUACAACAUCGCACUGAGCCGCCCCACCGGCUCCAGCAGUGUCUUCGUCAACGGUGUGCCCCCCGUCGCCGCCAACUCAAACCUCGCCGUCGACGGCAACUUCAACCCCGACUUCUUCGGCGGCUCAUGUUUCUCCAGCACUGAUGUGGCGACAGAUCCCAACCCCUUCUGGUUCGUGGACCUUGGUUCCCGCGUCUUCGUGUCCGGCAUCACCCUCACCAACAGGGCCGACUGUUGUGCUGAUCGUCUGAGUGGUCUGACAAUCGAGGUCUUUGAGUUCAAUCCCACAAGCAGUUCCGAGACUCCCGAGUUCUGCUCCAUGAUCAUUGGUGGAGUGGCCCUUGGUCAGACUGUUGCACGCUCCUGCUCUCCGAUGGUGACUGGACGCUACGUCCGAAUCAGAAAACCCUCCGCCACCGCCCCUCUCACCAUCUGCGAAGUCGUUGUUUCCGGAGGCAACUUCAAUAAAAACUUCCUGAAUAUUCCUUUCUCCAACGUCGCCAGGAAUCGCCCAGUACGCGUCACCUCUCAGUUUAGUCUCCCUUCCGCCAACUUGAUUGCCUCCCCUGGCCUAGCUGUUGACGGCAACUUUGACAGCCAGUUCGUCACCGGAAGAAGCUGUUACUCCAGCGCCAUUGGCAACACAAGUCCCACCUUCUACAUCGACCUCGGCGACUACUUCAACAUCCAGUCCAUCACCCUCACCAACAGGGGCGACUGCUGUGCUGAACGCCUGCGAAACAUCAACAUCGGUACUCUUUUGAAAGACCCCUACAGGUACUUGGAGUUCCCUAAACUUUGCGGCACCAUCACUGGCAACGUCGCUGCUGGAGCUAACGUCACCGUCAGCUGCUUUGCGCCCACUGUAGCCCGCUACAUCAAGAUCCAGAAGACCAGUAUGGUUGACAGCAAUGAUCUCUUGACCUUCUGUGAAGUUCAAGUAACCGGAAGGUUCGCAUCCCGCAGCGAGGUCACCAACAAAUCUGUUGACAACGACGUUUCUCAGGCUCUGGCUGCCAACGGAAUUAUUGCCAGAGCUGAAACCAAUGAUAACUGGAGUGGCUAGAGGCAGGCUGUGAAGUGAAUUCACAGCAAAAGACAGUGGUAAUGUCUCUGAAACCAACUCAGCGAAAGCAUAAGGCACUGGUCAUGAAAACAGACCAAGAUGAUUGAUUAUCCCCGCAAAUAUCUUUACCGUAUGUUACCCUCCACGUUUUGUGUAAAGUAUAUUCACCAUAUUAAGAAAUAUUGCCAAUAUGAAAUUCACUCUCUCACUCACUGUGAGUAAUUUGAAUUUGUUUAUUUUUGUUUUGUAAUGACAAAGGGAGAGUGCCAAUUAACCUCGGGAAACUCAAGAGGCAUGGCGUAAACAUAAUCACAAAGGAUGCAAGUAAGAUUUUAGGCUCAGGAAUAGGUGCCGAAUUAGCGAUAUCUUGUAAAAAGACUUAAAAACAAUCAUUUUCUUUACUGUUGUAUAGUAGCUUCCAUGUGCGUAA